AUGCAAGCAGCUUACCAUCUGAUAAAGAAUAGAACAGUACGUGCCAUCUUGGGGCCCCAAAAGUCAGAGCAAGCAAGGUUUGUAGUGGAACUUGGUGAGAAAUACCAAGUACCUGUUAUUUGGUUUCCCAUAACUGGUCCAUCUCUUUUGCCCCCACCAUCCCCAUCGUCCAUCUACUCCCAUCAAGGCCUUGACUGCUUUCAGUUCCAAGCUAUCGCUGAGGUUAUUGAAGCUCUUGGGUGGCAAUCAAUCAUCCCUAUUUAUGAAGACAUUGAAUAUGGCAGUCACCUUGUUCCAUGCCUCUCCAAUGUCUUGAAAGAUACGGGCAUACGAAUGGCUAACGUAACUGCCGUUGAUUCAGAUUCAUCAUGUGGUGAAAUUAACGACACUCUCCUCCAGUUAAAGGACAUGCGCACACAUGUAUUUCUUGUCCAUAUGAGCAUGGAUCUCGGAGCAAGAUUUGUUUUUUCUGCAGAAGAGCAAAACAUGAUGGGUGAAGGAUAUGCUUGGAUACUUACCCAAGAGCUAUCUUCUUUGACAGAUCCUCGAGUUAAUACUACCAGAAGAUUGUAUUAUAACCAGACGACAUAUAGGAAUAUUACUGUUUCUGUUGCUUUGAAAAGAUACAUGCAAGGUGCCUUGGGAGUGAGGCCAAUGGAUUUGAUCUCCAAAAAGACAACUAUUCGUUGGGAGAAAGAGAAGAAUUUCACUAAUAGGUUCAGGACUACCCUAACUAUCUAUGGAUGGUGGGCUUACCACACAAUUGAAGUAUUGGCUAAGGUGGUAAAGAAGCAAGGCACAGACAAUGGCAUAAAACUUCGCAGUAAAGAUAUUCAGGAGGCUGCUGAUUUCAAAAGUCAGUCAGGGGUAAAUUUUAAUUUAAGUGAUGGGCGACUAUAUCAAUCGGAGCUUGAAGUAUACAAUGUGAUAGGAGACAGAGAAAGGAUAAUCGGAUGCUGGAGCCCUAAAACUAGACUUGUUCAAAAUUGUAGUAAAGGUAGCAGCACAUCUGAUGGUGAAUACCCACUAAAGCAUCCACUAUGGCCAGGCGACACAUUGGAUAAACCACCCAAGUUGAGAAUUGGAGUCCCUAAAACAAAUUCUUUUCCUGAAUUUGUGAAUGCAUAUAAUUUAAGUAAGCUCCAGAUUGAUAGUGGUGGCUUUGCUGUUAAUGUGUUCUUAAAAGCAGUCCAGGUUUUGCCAUUUCUGUUAAAUAAUUAUGAGUUUGUUCGCUUGGAUGAUACUGGCAUGACCUUUGAUGAUCUUCUCUGCGACCAAUUGCUGAAAGUGAAGGCAGGUUUUCAUUCUUUUCCUCUUUGA